UUGACGUUACAUAAAUGAUAAAAUCACUUUUCGAUAGACAACUCUCUAUCAUUUGGUAUUUGUGUAUCCUCUUGGUUUUGCUGUUUUUGUUUUCAAUUUCGUUCAUUUCCUUUGGCUGCCUCUGCCUCUACUGUCAAUUCUUUUUGCUUUUCUACCUCGCCUGCUACUGUUACUACACUUAUUUUCAUAUACAUAUAUAUUAUUUGGUAAGAUAGACUGGUUUCUUGGCUCAUGAAACGAGGCUGAGGUCCUUCCCUUUUCGCUUGAGGUCCUUCCCCGUUUGCCUUUUAAGCUUCAUUUCAGUGCUUUCAGAGAUUUACAAGGAUUUAAAAAUUCACCCUUUGUUCUUUGUGGAAAAAGAAAAAAGAUGAGCAGCCCUCCCAACUAUGUUUGGUGCCACAGAAAUAGACAUCUUAUUGUUUCCUUGCUGUUUCUUCUGGUUUCAAGCUUCACCCAAGUUACAUUCAUGGCUGCAGAAGGAAGGUCUCUUUCCAGGUUGCUCGAGGUUGCCCAGAAAGGAUUUGAAGAAGAGAAGCCAUUGGUGAUGAGAAGUCUGAUAGGGUCAAGGCCACCAAGGUGUGAGAGAAGGUGCAGUUCUUGCCCCAACUGUGAGGCAAUUCAAGUUCCUGUCACAACACUAUCCAAAAAAAGGAGAACCCGCCAAUUCUCGGCAGCAUUCUUCUCGAUUUCUUACUCUAGAGGCAAUGAUAUUUCAAACUACAAGUCCAUAAGUUGGAAAUGCAAGUGUGGCAACCUGGUUUACGACCCUUGAUUGAAGUAAAAGUAAACCAUGGUUCGUUGUAAAAGCCACCUCUUUUUUUUCCAACUGUGGAUAUAAGAAAAAAAAUGACUUCCAAUUCUUACAUAAUCGUUUUCACUCUCCUCUCUUGCAUGGUAGAACUUAGAAGAUAUAUCAGAUAUGGGUUGCCAUAAUGUAAAGCGUUUCUACAUUUUUCUUUCUUUGAAUUUGAGCUUGACUGCAACAUUUUUUG